AAGAUCAAUUGAAGAACUCAUGAUGUAGUUCAAAAUGAUAGAACUUAUUGCUGUUUUAUUAUUAGCUGGUGUAAUACCUAACUAUGCCCAGCAGGCUAAUUACAUAACGACAGGCUUUGGAUCACCAGUUUCCUAUAAGGAUGCAUCCCUAACAGUUGGCCGUCGUGGACCAUUACUUUUGGAAGACACAGAAUUUAUCGAUGAAAUGUCACAUUUUGACCGAGAACGCAUACCGGAAAGAGUAGUACAUGCUAAAGGUGGAGGCGCAUUUGGUUAUUUUGAAGUCACCAAUGAUAUCUCUAGGUACUGUGCAGCCCAGGUUUUUGCAAGAGUUGGAAAUAGAACGAGGAUCGCGAUACGGUUUUCCACAGUCGCUGGUGAAAGUGGAUCGGCUGACACCGUACGAGAUCCACGUGGUUUCGCUAUCAAAUUUUACACACAAGAAGGAAAUUGGGACCUUGUAGGAAAUAAUCUUCCAAUAUUCUUUAUUCGGGACUCUAUUCUAUUCCCUAGUUUUAUCCAUUCCCAAAAGAGACAGCCAUCAACUUUUCUUCACGACGGCGACAUGCAAUGGGACUUUUUUACUUCGAGACAAGAAGUAACUCACAUGUUACUUUAUCUGUUCUCUGACAGGGGAACUCCUGAUGGAUUCAGAUUUAUGCACGGUUUUGGAGUAAAUACAUUUAAACUAAUUAACGCCACCGGACAUCACGUUUAUUGUAAAUUUCAUUAUUUGAGCAAUCAGGGCUUGAGAAACUUAACUGCAGCAAGAGCUCAAGAACUUCAAGCCGAAGAUCCCGAUUAUGCUAUAAGAGAUUUGUAUAAUGCAAUUAGAUCCGGUAAUUAUCCAUCAUGGACGUUGAAUAUUCAAGUGAUGACCGAGGCGCAAGCACUGAACAGUAGCUUUAAUCCAUUCGACGACACGAAGGUAUGGCCUGAAGAUGUAUACCCUUUAAUUCCAGUUGGUCGAUUAGUAUUGAACGAGAAUCCUACGAAUUAUUUCCAAGAUAUCGAGCAAAUGGCCCUAUCCCCAUCACGAAUGGUGCCUGGAAUCAAACCUUCCCCCGAUCGAAUGUUACAAGGAAGAUUAUUUUCUUAUCCAGAUACUCAGAGACACAGAUUGGGUCCCAACUUUCUUCAAAUUCCAGUCAACUGUCCUUUCUAUGUCCGAAAUUAUCAACGAGAUGGUCCAAUGUCUUACAGUAAUCAGGGAAAUAAUACAGUUUAUCAUCCGAAUUCAGUAGAUUCGUUAAAUGUUAGUCAAAGGGCAGCAGCAUUGAGUCCGGCGUAUUCCGUUAGUGGUGGCGUCUCCAAGUACGACAACGGAGAUGAUGAUAAUUUUGCUCAAGCUAGAUAUUUUUACGAAAAUGUGUUAGAUGAUGAACAAAGGGAUAGAUUACUUGAAAAUUUGGCAAAUGCAAUUGCCACUGCAUCGGAGGACCUCCAAAGAGGGGCGCUUGAAAUGUUCACUAACGUUUCUGGAGACUUGCGGAAUCGACUUCAAGCACUACUAGGGCUGUGGUAAUACCUACCAUAUUAUCAAAGACUUCUCUAAUCCAUUUUAAAUGUUACUUUUAUUUUUUACAAAGCAUAAGCAUAUGUAAUUAAAUAGUGUACCAUACCACCAGAAACAAUACAUCCUACAUCUCCCCGAUAAAAUAUAACAUUUUCACCUA